AUGGAAUAUGAAGUCAAGAAAGGGAAAAAGGGCCCCCUCCUCAGGCUGAUGUUCCCAAAGGCUGCGCGCCGAACAGCCAUUCGGAGCAGUGUGAGCCGCCGGCCCCUGCACUCCAUGCCCCUUUACCCCCCUGACUACCUCAUCGACCCCCAGAUUCUGCUGUGUGACUACCUGGAGAAAGAGGUCAAGUUCCUGGGCCACCUCACCUGGGUCACCUCCUCACUGAAUCCCUCCAGCCGAGAUGAGCUCCUGCAGCUGCUGGACACCGCCAGGCAGCUGAAGGAGCUGCCGCUGAAAACCACGGCGGAGCAGGACAGCAUCCUGAGCCUAUCGGCCCGCUGCCUGCUGCUCACUUGGCGCGACAACGAGGAGCUCAUCCUGCGAAUCCCCACGCACGAGAUCGCCGCCGCCUCCUACCUGCAGGACGACGCACUGCACUUGCUGGUGCUUAAGACAGGUCUGGGCGUGGACCCGGUGCCGGCCGGUGUAGACGCCAGCCCUGGCGGGGCCGGGCGCGACCCGGGCCCGCCGGGCGCUGCCCCCGAGAAGCGGCGGGUGGGCACCACAGAGCGGCGCCACACCAUCUGCAGCCUGGACUGGCGGAUGGCGUGGGGCGGGGGCGCGGGAGCCGAAGCCCGGGCCGGGGGCGGCGGCGGCAGCCUGGAGCGCCAGCGCGCCGGGGCGCGGGCGUCGGGCAGCUGGGAGCGGCGGCAGACGUUCAGCGGCAGCUGGGAGCGGCGGCACGGCGGCGGCGGCGGCGGCGCCGGCAAGCCGGGUGGCAGUUGGGAGCGGAGGCAGGCGGGCGGCGGCGGCAGCUGGGAGCGGCGCCACCCGGGCUCCAACCCUCUGGACCCGCAGGACCCCAGCCCCGACGCCUACUGCAACCUCGUCAUCCUGGCUGUGGCCAACAGGGAUGCUGCCGAGGAGUCCUGCGCCCUCAUCUGUCAGGUCUUCCAGAUCAUCUAUGGGGACCAGAGCAUCGAGUGCGUGGACCGGGCUGGCUACCACUACACAUCCACGCCCGAAAGGCCGUGGCUCUGCAGCCGCAGUGACAGCUGCCGAACCGACGGGACUUACGCCUAUGAUGCCGACUUCAGCUGCUGCAGCUCUUUCAAUGGCUCCCAGGACACAUUUGAAGCGUGUUACAGCGGCACAUCCACACCCUCUUUCCAUGACUCCCACUGCAGCGGCAGCGACCACAGCGCCUUGGGCCUGGAGCAAUUGCAGGACUACAUGGUCACGUUGCGGAGUAAGCUGGGCCCCCUCGAGAUCCAGCAGUUUGCGCUGCUGCUGCGGGAGUACAGGCUGGGGCUGCCCAUCCAGGACUAUUGUUCAGGCUUGUUGAAGCUCUACGGGGACCGGCGCAAGUUCUUCCUCCUCGGGAUGCGGCCCUUCAUCCAGGACCAGGACAUCGGCUACUUCGAGGGCUUCCUGGAGGGCGUGGGCAUCCGCGAGGGCGGCAUCCUCACCGACAGCUUCGGCCGCAUCAAGCGCAGCAUGAGCUCCACGUCGGCGUCCGCUGUGCGCAGCUACGACGGCGCGGCCCAGCGGCCCGAGGAGCAGACCUUCCACCGGCUGCUGGCGGACAUCACGCACGACAUUGAGGCGCUGGCCCCCGACGACGAGGACAGCACAGACGAGGAGGCUCGGGGCUCCCCGGGCGGCAAUGAGGCAUCCGAAGACAACUACCUGUAGCCUGGAAGGCGGGAGCGCGUGGCCCUGCAACCUGGCCUUUGACUCUCACUCUGGUCUGGGGAGGUGCCCAUCCUCGGGGCCCCUACUCACCACCACCACCCUCACCCUCACCCCCAAUCCGGCCUCCAUUCCCCGUCUCAGAUCCUGCCCUUAGGGCUCCGGUUCCUAAAGUCCGAGGCAGUCGCUUGGGGCUCAGAUAGCCACUCUGCCCGCCCGCCCGGGAUGGGCAGCGUCCCCCUGGCUCCCCUUCGCCCCUCCCCGGAUCCGCAGCAGGACACCCGCUCCUCCCUGGACUGGGCUGCUUUCUGAAGGCCACGCGAGGGGUGAUGAGUGGGCUCCACCUUCUGGCCGACUGAGAAAAGAAUUCCACAGCCCAGAGACCUCAGUUCCUCCUCCUCUACAGCUGGAGAAACCGGGGUUUAAAAGGGGGAAAGGGACUUGAGGGAAUCUCCUGAUUCUCCUGCGAUGUUAUCUCAAACCGACCAGGCUUAAUCUGUAGAGGGUGGAAGGUCUAAACAGCAGGGACUCCCUCCCCCCCUCCAUCCUCCCCAGUCCCCACCUCCCCACCACCACUGAAUCAGAUCAUCAGUGUGGAGUAGAGGUUUUUCUCUACUGGGAGUUGACUCGGAGGAGGGUGAUCUGGAUCCCAGUCCUAAAGCUCCAAACAAGUUGCUUAUUCAGAUCUUUGAUUUGGAGCCAGACAGACCUAGGGCUGCCCUCUCCAACCUGCCUUUGGAUUUCUUUGGCUACCCAAGACCCCUGAGAGGGGGUCUGGUUAGUGUCCUAGUCCCUAUGCCCCCAUCUCCUCGCCUGUCAGAGGACAUGGGCCCCAUCUGCCUCAGGGGGAGGUCACGGAGAUUAACCAAGGUCAAGACCUUAGUGCUGGGUCUGCCACAGGACAGGCACUCAAUAAUCACUCUUCCCUUCCGCAUCUAACACGUUCUAACUCAGUUUACCUGUCUUUACCCCGUGUGCACUGGGCUGGGAACUGAGGUGGGAGUGAGAUCUAAGAAGACCCUGAGGGAGCACAGUUUGGGAAGAGGAAAUAGGACUUGCCCCUCACAGCUCCAUUGCAGCCUGGCUUCAUGCUCGAGCCAGAAAAGAAAAGUACCCGCGACUCCACAGAGCCAUCCGAGGGGUCUUGGGCAGCCAGAGGAAUCUAAAGGCGGGGUUGGAGAGGGCAGCAUACGUGCAGCGUGUGGCCCGGCCCAAGGACAGGCUUGGAGGCUAAAAGAAAUGAGCCCUGAAAGGAAACCAGAGACUUGCCUAGAAGAACUAGGCAAGUUUAUCUAUAAUAACAUUACAGAGCCCUCCAUGGCAAGACACGUGGUUCUUACUAGGAGGUGGGUGUUAUCACCCAUUUUUAAAAUUGAUUGAGAGAGAGAGAGAAACAUCGAUUUUUGUUGUUCCACUUACGUAUGCAUUCAUUGGUUGUUUCUUGUAUGUGUCCUGACUGGGGAUCGAACCCACAACCUUAGCAUAUUGGGUGAUGCUCUAACCAACUGAGGCACCCAGCCAGGGCUACUAUCACCCAUUUUAAAAUAAUAACAUUAUUGUUAGGGCUUCAGGGCCACAGAGUUCCAUGAUUCAUACUCAGUUUGUGGCAAGAGACCAUCUCAGCAUAAUUGGUCUGUGCAAGACACUUUUGCUAUUUGCUCUGUUUUAUUUUCCCCUUAUGUCUACACAUUCCCCACACUCCUCCUCCCCAUCAUGGGCACCCACUCCUAUGUGUUGAUGUGUGUCCCUGGACAUAAAACAUACAAUGCUUUGUG